GAUGUACCUUGUCCGGUAUAAAUAGGAGCUUCCAUUGCAAUGCUUCUCCACAUGAGCGCAUUGAUAGUAGUACAGAGUGAGUGAUCAGUAGGAGAUGGACAUGGAGAUCCCGGUGAUCGACCUCCAGGGGCUCACCGGCGACGCCCCCCAGCGGUCGCAAGCCAUGGCGCGGCUCCACGAAGCCUGCAAGGACUGGGGCUUCUUCUGGGUGGACAGCCAUGGCGUCGACGCCGCGCUCAUGGAGGAGGUGAAGCGCUUCGUGUAUGCCCACUACGACGAGCAUCUCAAGCAUAGGUUCUACGCCUCCGACCUCGCCAAGGACUUGCAGCUGCCGGCGGAGGAAUCCAAAAUUGUCUCCGGUGAGGUGGACUGGGAGACCGCCUACUUCAUCCGGCACCGUCCCGCCAACAACGUCGCCGACUUCCCGGAGAUCCCGCCGGCCACACGGGAGAUGCUCGACGUGUACAUCAGCCAGAUGGUGUCGCUCGCGGAGCGGCUGGCCGAGUGCAUGAGCCUCAACCUGGGCCUGGACGGCGGCCUCGUCAGGGACACCUUCGCGCCGCCGUUCGUCGGCACCAAGGUCGCCAUGUACCCGGCCUGCCCGCGGCCGGACCUAGUGUGGGGCCUCCGCGCCCACACCGACGCCGGUGGCAUCAUCCUGCUCCUGCAGGACGACGUCGUCGGCGGGCUGGAGUUCUUCCGGGGCGACCGGGAGUGGGUUCCCGUGGGCCCCACCAAGGGCAGCAGGAUCUUCGUCAACAUCGGGGACCAGCUGGAGGUGAUGAGCGGCGGCGCCUACAGGAGCGUGCUGCACCGCGUCGCCGCCGUCGCCGAGGGGCGGCGGCUGUCGGUGGCGACGUUCUACAACCCCGGGGCCGACGCCGUUGUGGCGCCGGCGACCGCGGCGAGGGAGCCGGCGGCGCAGCUGUACCCCGGGCCGUACAGGUUCGGCGACUACCUGGACUACUACCAGGGCACCAAGUUUGCUGACAAGGCGGCGAGGUUUCAGGCUGUCAAGGAACUGUUCGGUUCACGGAUUGUGCACGAUUGACUAGCUGUGCUCGUUGGGGUUUCAUUGUAGUAGUACUCCUUGGACUAUUUCCUGGUGUUCGUUAACUGCUCCCUACUUUUCUAAAUAUAAGUCUUUCUAGAUAUUUUAAUAUGGACAA